AUGUAUUUGCACGAAUUACUUCCUUUGCUUGCUACUUCGGGUGAUGAUGGCAACUAUGCGCAAACUGAAACUAGUGAUCUUUCAUUAUUGCAGGCUAUAUCAAGAAGGAUUCAUUAUGGAAAGUUUGUAGCUGAGGAUAGAGAAGGUUUGAUGAAAUUGUCGACAUUUACCAGCAUUGAAGAGGCGGUGAGGAAGAGGGUUGAGAAGAAGGCCACAGUGUUAGGUCAGGAAGUAUGUCUUGAUACUGAAGACAAUGAAGAACGUAAGUCUGAUCCAUCAGUGGCUUCUCGCUUGUACAAAAAUUCGGUGAUACCUCUUACCAAAGAGCUUCAGGUUGAGUACCUCUUGCGCCGUCUAGGUUGA